GGGGCUCUGCCUGUGCUCCUCACCUCGCGCCACCAAGAGGCGACGCCGCCGCCGCCGGCCGCCACCACCACCAUGGCUUCGGCCUGGGCGGGGUUGACCGAGCGCGAGCGGGACGGCUGCCGGGAGCUCCUGGAUCUUCUCCACACGGACGACCUGCUGUCGCUGACGGACACGGUGACUAACCGCCUCGUGCAGGCGGACGACCGCCAAGAAGCCAUAAAUGCCAUCGUAUUGUACAGUCAAAGUGCUGAAGAGCUGCUGAAGAGAAAGAAGGUAUUUCGAGAGGUAAUCUUCAAGUAUUUGGCAGCAAAAGGAGUCGUAGUGCCGCCUUCUUCUGAAAAGCACCAACUUGUUGAUCGUGCAAAGGAGUACUGGUGUGAACAGCUAAAAGAUAAUGGCUCAGAAGAAAUCUAUACUAAGCCUGAUGUACAGAACCCUGAAGAGGGAGGGAAGGAAGGAGGAGACAAGCAAGAUCACAGCAAAGAUUGCCACAGUCUGGGAGAGGAGUUUUGCCAGUGGUUCUUUGGAAUUCUGAACUCUCAGAACCCGUUGGUUGGAGAACCACAUGAUGAAUGGGGACCACAACAUUUUUGGGAUGAUGUAAUCCUAAAGUUUUGCUAUAACACUUCAGAACAAAACAUGGAAGAGUACUUGGGUGCAGAAUUGGUUAGCCUUCGUUUACUGUCAUUGGUGAAAGAAGAAUACCUCUUCCUGAACCCGAACUUGGACGCUGGUGGGCUGAAGUGGACAGUUUCACGACAUGGGUUAGUUGUGGUGGCAGUAGCAGGCACAGUUCAUAGAAAUACUUCUUGCUUGGGCAUCUUUGAACAAAUCUUUGGACUCAUCCGAUGCCCCUUUAGGGAGAAUACGUGGAAAAUCAAGUUUGUGAACCUAAAGAUUGUUGGUCAGAAUGCCAUGGAACCUGGGACCCACUUAGAAAGACCUUGCAUAAAAUAUGAGCAGGAAGAACUCCAGGAAUUCUAUGUUUCCAAUGAUCUUUCCUUGGUUGAGUCUCAAAAAUCCUGAGCAUUCUGUGUGCAGAAUGAAGUAGAACAGUUUCUGGGCCCAGAAAAUACAACACAUGAGCAUACUUGAGCAUUCAA